AUGUCUAAGGUUGGUAAAGGUUUAGUGUUGACAGAGAGUGAGGCACUGUUCGAACUCCUUAUAUAUACACCAUUCAUAUAUGUAUCAGUAAACAAAUGCUUGGUCAACUUGAAUAGCUUCGAGUUCUUGAGACGUGAUGGUGCUCAUAUCUUCCUGCGUCUGUUUAUAUUCCUCGCUCACGACAUGGCCGCAGACACAUUGGUCCAUCUAUUCCUAGGCACCUCGCCACCAUGGCUCUACAACGAUCAUCUAGUCAUGUUGCUCACUGUUUGGACGAUAAUGACCAUCUUUCCAUACCUGCUUCAAUUCCUACUUAGACAGCUCAAGGUCAUCAAUAUAUUACUACUGAUCACACUGUCGGUCAAUGAUAUCACUCAGAUAUAUUCACUGCCAAUGUACCCUUCCGAGCCCUUUACUCAACGCGGCUACACAUGGCCCAUACUACCGCCCAGCACACUUGGAUCCCUCUUCAUUACACUCAUCUCCUCGCAGACCGGUGAGCUACUCAAGACAUGUAUUAUACACUACUUUAGGCCUGCAUAUCCAACAUCACUCACUGCUCCAUCAUUACCAUGGAUCACGAUUGGAUUCUCGGCUAUACUGUAUCACUUCCUUGCUAAUCCACAUGCAGAGACUAUCAACUCGGUACUCGUACAUCAGUACGUCAGUCAACAUAAUGCACGCCUAAUACUAUAUGGCUUGUUCUUAAUUGUAUUCAUGAUGGAUGCAUUCCGUCCACAACCAAUAUUGGACAGUGGACCAGCCCACAACAAUGUCAGCAACAACUACAACGUCAACAACACCGUCAACAAUGACAACUUAGGGACGUCGUCAUCCACUUUGAAUAAAUCGGAUGACAGCAGGAGCAAGGUGCAUCAACAGUGA